ACAUCGCGCAUUGGUGGUAGCGGUGGUUCAAAUGCACCAAUCGUCACUCUUCCGGAUGAAGAGGAUGACGGUGAUGUUCUGGAUGAUGCAGAUUAUGGUCGUACAAGAAGAACUGGUGGCCGUUCCGCUUCAAGUGGUCCAAUUAUCUCGGAGGUUACGGAUGAUGAUGAAGAGGGUGGUGGUAAUCACAAGAGAAGAAAGGGAGAUUCGAAAUUUGGACGUCGAUUUUUCAAGGCAAAUGAUGAAUAAGCAUAUUUUGUGUGGCUGUGAUACACGCAUUAUUAACCCCCUGCAUCGCUCCUUGCCCCUUCUCUUCCUCCCCUUCCUUUCCUGGCUGUCUCCACAAUUAUUCAAUUUCGUAAAAUCCGAAAAAAAAUGUGCAUAA